GAGCUUGUACUUGUCACUGACAGAAGUCAAUUUUGGCAUUCAAGAAUAAUAUUUACAAACAAUUGAUGUCAUUGACGAAAUCAUGCAAUAUUCACCUGAACUUGGCGCUGAAAUUGAUUUUUGCUGACUUAUAUCAUCCACACGAAUUUCGUUAGUUGAUGCAGAUAAUAAAUUCUCGAUUCCAGAUCAAUGAAUCCGCAGUAUUUUUCUCAGCAACAAUAUGGUGCACCUUUUCAAAAUGAUGGACAAAACAAUCAAGGAUUUGAGAAUAUUCCAUUGGUUUCAUCAAAUAGUAAUAAUACACCUUUAAAUGUACCACCAUCAUCUGUCAGUUCAUCAAAUCCGAGCCCCCAAUUGAACAAUUUGUUGGGCAAGAUGCCUAGUAGUAACUUGGGCCCUUUCACAGUUUUACCACAAGGACAGAAAACACCUGGAUCUGAUAUACACAAUCAAAAUAUGAGAAAAGAUUUUGCUGGAGUAGCAUCUAAGUCCGUUAGUAAUUUUGCUGCAGAUAACAGUAGUUCAAACGGAUCUGUUCGAAAUUUGCAGUCCCGAACAUUGAAUAGUUCUUCAGAUAAUGGUUCAGUAACAAGUGGAUUCUCUAUUCCACCUAGUCAGUUACCUCCAGGUACUUAUCAAUCCAAGCCAUCAGGCCCUCCAGUUGCUCAAAUACCGUCAUCUGCAUCUGCUAUUCAACAAAGCUCUACGCCUCCGAAUCGAGCUCAAACCCCCAAUUUAUCUACGGUCCCUCAGAAUAAUCAAGUACCCAAACACACUUCCUUCCAUCCCAGCUCGCCAUUAACAUCAUCCCAAAUACCAAGUAAUCCUGCAACACCACAAAUUGGUAGCAAUAAUACUUCUCAAAAUCCAUCUGGUGCUCCUGGUCAGUCACUACCUGCACCGACUAGUGUUGCCUUACAACCACCCACAAGUCAAUAUAAUCCAUCAUCUAAUCCUCUGGAUAGCCAAGCCACUAUUGGAAAUGAAUCAAAAAAUCCAUUUAUGCAAUCCAGUCCAAUUAACUCGACUCAGUCUACAUUGGAAAACCAGAAAAUUCCAGCAGGGAUGCAACAAAAUCAUCCUUUUGGAGGCUCUCCCAAUUUACCGCAGUCUGGUCCAAAUAUGCCUCCAAGAAACCCACAAUCACCAGAUAAUGCUCAAGAUUUUCAAGCAACCUCUGUACCAUUUCCUCCGACUGGAAAGUCUCCGUUUUAUAAUCAACAGCAAUUGAAUCAGGCCCCAUUGCAAACACGUCCCCCAUUACCUGGGCAACCAGUGGUAUCAAAUCAACUGUUUGGACAGGCAUCUAGGCAGCAACCAUCACAUGAACAGCAAUCAUUACAAGGACAGACACCAAUGGCUGGACAGCCUCCAUUACCAGGACAAGCUCAAUUUACCGGACAAUCUACUCUACCAGGGAAGUUUCCUGGACAACCUCCAUUACCGAUGCAAUUUCCUGGACAGCCACCAUUACCAGGUCAAUUGCCUGGACAGCCACCAUUACCAGGUCAAUUGCCUGGACAGCCACCAUUACCAGGUCAAUUGCCUGGACAGCCACCAUUACCAGGUCAAUUGCUUGGACAACCACAAUUACCAGGCCAAGUAACUGCUCCACCUCCAAUGGCGGGACAAUUGCCUGGACAACCCCCCUUACCAGGACAACAAUUUUCUGGACCACCUAUGUUGUCUGGACAACAGCCAGUGCCUGGACAGCAACUGUCUAGCCAACAACCCUUAUCCAACCAAUAUUCCUAUGGACGCCAGACUCAAGCAGGCCAAACUGGAGGCAGACCACCUAUGGCCAGCCAACAGCCUUUUCCUCCUCCAUCAGUUCGUCAACAAGGACAGCAGUCAUAUGGUGGUCCUCAACAAUACAAUCAAAACUCUAGUAGGAAUAUGAAUAGCCCUUAUGCGCCUAGUACUAAUUUACCUACUCAAUACCAAAAUCAGUUAUCGAAUCAAAUGCAAAAUAUGAAUGUGUCUGGUAACCCUCAAAAUGGAGCAAGUAAUGGUGAGAUGAGCCCACAUAUGCCGCCUCCUCCACAAAGUCAACAAAUGAAGAAUCCUAGCGGAUAUCCCCCAAUGCAAGGUCAGCAACCAACCAUGACACCAGGUUAUCCACCUCAACCCGGUUAUCCACAACCAGGAUAUCAACAACAUGGUUAUCCUCAACCGGGAUUUCAACAACAGAAUCAACAGAGGAGAUUAGAUCCAGAUCAAAUGCCAAGUCCGAUUCAAGUAACUACGGACGACCAGAAUAAUAGGUCAGGGGUAUUCAUCACCAAUCAGAGAGGCCUGAUGCCUCCCCUAGUAACGACGAAUUUCGUGGUUCAGGACCAAGGCAACUGUAGCCCUCGUUUUAUUCGCUCCUCUAUGUAUAAUGUCGCAACCACUAGCGACAUGAUGAAGAGCACUGCCGUUCCUUUCAGUUUAGUCAUAAGUCCAUUGGCUAGAACAGGCCCUGGAGAGUACAGUCCUCCUAUUGUUAAUUUUGGAGAAUUGGGACCUGUGAGGUGCGUGAGAUGCAAGGCCUAUAUGUGCCCAUACAUGACCUUUGUUGAUUCGGGCAGGAGGUUCCAGUGUGCGUUUUGCAAAGCCACUACUGAUGUUCCUGCAGAAUAUUUCCAGCACUUGGAUCAUACAGGUCAGAGGAUGGAUCGUUUUGAAAGGGCAGAACUGGUUCUUGGCACCUACGAGUUCAUGGCUACUGCGGAUUAUUGCAAGACCAAUACUUUACCGAAAGUUCCCGCAGUUAUAUUCAUUAUUGACGUCUCAUACAACAGCAUGAAAUCGGGCUUGGUGCGAUUACUAUGUUCUCAAAUGAAAGAAAUCAUACGAAAUUUGCCAGUUGAUGAAGGGGAAGAUGCUAGUAAGAUGAAGGUUGGGUUCAUCACUUACGAUAGUACUGUUCAUUUUUACAAUAUCAAGGGUACUUUAGCAGCCCCGCAGAUGUUGGUUGUGGGAGAUACCCACGAAAUAUUUAUGCCUCUUCUUGACGGUUUCCUGUCUAGACCAGAAGAAUCAGAAGUUAUUAUUGAUGCUCUGAUGGAACAAAUUCCAAAUAUGUUCGGAGGAACCCGUCAAACAGAAACGAUUCUUCUGCCUGCAAUAUUGGCUGGUGUGGAGGCCUUGAAGGCUUCUGAAUGUGCUGGUAAACUUAUGGUAUUCAGUUCAAACUUACCGUCGGUAGAUGCACCAGGAAAGCUGAAAAAUAGAGACGAUCGCAAACUCCUGGGCACCGACAAAGAAAGAACAAUUUUAACCCCCCAAAACCAGGCUUAUAACCAACUAGGACAGGAUUGUGUACAAGCGGGCGUUUCAGUUGACCUGUUUCUCUUCAACAAUUCCUACAUAGAUAUAGCGACCAUAGGACAGGUUUCGCGGCUGACAGGAGGGGAGGUUUUCAAAUAUACCUACUUCCAGGCUGAUAUCGAUGGAGAGAGGCUCAUUCAAGAUAUAAUCACAGAUAUCAGUAGGCCAAUUGGUUUCGAUGCGGUAAUGAGGGUUCGUACCUCAACAGGCAUAAGACCGACGGAAUUCUAUGGCCACUUUUAUAUGUCAAAUACCACCGAUAUGGAAUUGGCAUCAAUAGAUUGCGACAAGGCAGUUGCUAUCGAGAUAAAACAUGAUGACAAGCUUCAUGAAGACGACGGUGUCUUUAUACAGGCUGCCUUAUUGUACACAUCGUGUUCCGGUCAGAGACGCUUAAGAAUUUGUAAUCUCUCCUUGAAAACCUGUUCCCAGAUGACCGAUCUCUACAGAAGUUGUGACUUGGAUACUCUCAUCAAUUAUUGGUCGAAACAGUCGUUGUUCAAAUUGAUGGACCAUAACCCUAAGGCAGUCAAGGAUAAUUUGGUUACGAAGGCCGCUCAAGUAUUGGCCACGUAUAGGAAACAUUGUGCCACUCCAAGCAGCGCUGGCCAACUCAUCCUACCGGAAUGCAUGAAACUUCUGCCACUUUAUGUCAAUUGUCUUUUGAAAAGCGACGCUAUUUCUGGAGGUUCUGAUAUGACGGUAGACGAGAGAUCAUUUGUGAUGCAAGCUUGCAUGACUAUGGACGUUCCGACUUCAGUGUAUUUCUUCUACCCCAGGCUGAUUCCGAUACAUGAUUUGGAUGGCAGUAGUCAUGAUAUCCCGCCUCCGAUAAGAUGUUCCAUCGAAAAGAUGACCGAUCAGGGCGUCUACCUUUUAGAGAAUGGCAUACAUAUGUUUAUGUGGAUAGGUCUGGGAGCUAACCCAGAAUUUAUACAGAAACUUUUUGGAGUACCAUCAGCUAUACAGGUCAAUAUUGAACAAUUCAAACUACCAGAAUUAGAUAAUCCAGUAUCUUUAGCAGUUAGAAAUAUUAUUGAAGAAAUCAGGAUACAAAGACAUCGGCACAUGAGGCUUACAUUGGUUAGGCAAAGAGAAAAACUCGAACCUGUUUUCAAGCAUUUCUUGGUAGAAGACAAAGGUAUAGAUGGUUCUCCUAGCUAUGUUGAUUUCUUAUGCCACAUGCACAAGGAAAUAAGGAAUCUCCUGAGUUAGCGAUAUUAUGAAAAACUGAAUUAUUUAUGUAAAAAACACAAGAUAUGUUAUAGGUAUACUCGGGCAGAAGCCUUCUUUUCCAUUUAUUUUAAUUUUCUUGUAUAGGUGGAAUUAAUUGAAAGUAUAUUUUAUUCUACGUUAUAUUUUACAGAAUUGUGUAAGCUUCAAAUUUAUUACUAAAAUUGUAUUUACUAGGAUAAAUAAAUUUGAACUUGAUGUAAUCUGAAUAUGUUUAAUUAUAUCAAAUUCUGCAAGUUUAUGUAUGUUAUAAUUUAUAUAAAUAAAUGAAUGAAUUUUUAUUUUUAAA